UUUCAAGUAAAAGAUUUUUGUCAUGUCGGAGGCUAAAGACAACUUCAGAAGCAAUCUUUUUACACAAAGUUCAGCUUUGGUGAGACAGCCACCUCCAGAACUUCCCAAAGAACUUCCAAAAGAUUUCUUAAAGGAUUUGAAUCUUUGCGAGAAACAUCUUGCCAACGUGUUUCGUUGCUUUUUGCUAUUCUCUGAAGAGAAGAGAUGCCGUAUUCAAAUGACAAUAUAUAGGAAGUGUAAGGAAAGACGAGACAAGGCCAUAAGAGAACGCGUAUGGGAGUGGGAUGAAGGAUAUUUUCGCUCCCUAAAUUCGAGGUCCCGACAAGCUCUGCUUGGAGAGCUUCAAAAGGAACUUGAAAAGAGACAAGAACUGCUUGAGCGAGCAAGAGAAAGAAAUAACAAACUGGGGGCAAUUCAUGUGGAGUCCCGCAUUUCGGACCUGCAACGGAGAUUGGAACACCUAAAACAAUUCGUGUAAUUACUCAAACGCCUAACCUUAGGAAUGAUUAUUGAGAGGUUAAAGGGUUACCAGCUUUAUCAAACUAUAGAAGAACGAUUUUCUACGAACACACCUAUAUGAAAUAGAUUCUUGUUAGGCAGAUUCUGUAUUUGGUUUUAUCGUCGACUUGAGUAAAUAUUUUGCUUACUGUUUUCG